UGCGUCACAGAGCGACGUCUUACUCUCCACAUUAUUAAUGAUUAUACUGAACUGCAUAAUUCAAAUUAGAUAUUAGCUACAUAAAAUAAAUAUUAGAUAUUUGUGUUUCGCCGCCCGAGUGUAGUGCGCCCUUUGCACCCUCGAGCUGGCACAGCGCUGUAUAAGGUAAAUAAGAAUAUGUUUCAGGAAUAUAGUUUGGAAAACUCAAUAAAAAACCCAUCAUGGAUAACAUUAAGCAACUCUAUAUGCAAUAUUAUGCUCAAAAAUGAGACAAAUACAGCAUUAACAACAGAGAUUAACAGACAAGUCUAUGAGAUAUCGCAAGCACAAGUUGUAGAGAAAUUGUCUCUAUUUGGAAAUUGCAUAUCUGAAUUACCCAGCAGACUUACGGAAUGUUUAACAAAUUUAGUUUAUCUUAACUUAGCCAAUAAUCAAUUAAAUGCUUUACCAAACUCUAUAAGUGUACUACAAAAGUUAAUAUAUUUAAACCUUGAUAGUAAUAAAUUUUUCAGUAUUCCAAGUAUUAUUUGUGAAUUAACUAGUCUACACACUUUAACAGCUCGAAAUAAUUGUAUACAAGAUACUCCAAAGAAUUUAGAAAAUUUAAAAAAUUUAGAAAAGUUAGAUCUUAGUUCUAAUAAAUUACGGGAUCUACCAAGUUCAUACUCAAACAUGAAUCGGUUAAAAAAUCUAUCACUUGCAAAUAACCAGUUCAAAAUAAUCCCAAGCUGUAUCGAAAAUGGAAUGUACACUUUGCAAGAGUUUAAUUUAUCACAGAAUUCUCAUGCAGAAUUAAACGUUUUUCCAAAGAGUGUUGAAUUAAUCUCAUUUUAUGCUGAAAGAAAUGCCACUUGUCCAAUGUUUCCAAAAUGGAUACUGAAUUCUAAAUAUAAGAAUUUAGAAACAGUAUCUUUAAAUGGAACAGCAUUUAAAAAAUUCAAUUUACUAGAAACACAGUUGAAAUCAAACCUUAAAGUGUUAUCCAUGAAACAGUGCCAAAUGAGUGAGACCAUUAUAGAGAAAAUAAUUGCUGAAAUAACAAAUCUUGAACGACUAAUAAUUGGAAAUACAGGAGCUUAUCAAAGAAACAACUUCUGGUAUAUGCCAAUAACAUCAUUGAGAAAGCCAUCUAGUCUCAAAGAAAUUGAUGUAAGUGGAACAGAGAUUCCAUUGAUUCCUGAAAUAAUCAAUAAAUUUGUUAAUCUAUCUAUACUGGAUAUUAGUUCUAAUAAUAUUACUUGGUUACCAGAAGAAAUUUGUUCACUGACAAAGUUGAAUGCCUUAAUGAUAGAUAACAAUGAAUUAGCCAUGCUUCCUGAGAAUAUAGAUACAUUAAUAUCAUUAAAAGAAUUAAAAGCAUGUCAUAAUAAGUUGUGCGAUUUGCCAGAUACUCUAGAAGCUUUGAAGAAUUUGCAAUAUAUUGAUCUUUAUAACAAUGAAUUUGAAGCUGUACCAAAAGUUUUAAUGAAACUAUCAGGGUUGAUAGGAUUAGACGUCGAUCAAAACUAUUUCUCAACUGACAAUUUAUUGCUCAAUAGGAGUACUCAAUAUGAAAGUAUGAGAGCUAUAUUGAGAGAUCGCUGGAGCAAAAUUAAUGAGAGACUCAUUGGGACCAAAGAAAAAUCACCUGAAUUAUUAGAGUCAUUAUCUGAUACCUCAUCAUUCUCAUCUUCAUAUUCAAGAACAAAUAAUUCAUCACCUAUGGGUUCACCAUUUGAGGAGGAUAUUAAUAAUUAUACGUCUGAACAUUGGGAUACGUCAGAAGAUUCAGCUGAUGAAUUUGACCCCAAUGCAUCACUAUCAGACGAAGAAAUACAGAAACUAGCCGAAGAGCAAAGCUGCUUCCGAAGACUCGUGAAAUGGAUUUGCCAAUUAAGAACAGUUACAAAGAAUACGUGUCCAAUUGUAAACGACCUUCUUGAACGAAUUGGAAGGGAAGACUUAGUUGCAUGUCACACCGAACAUAAUAUGAAACCUUCGAAGACGCCAAAAGUGAUUCGCGAAGUUCAAUUAGCUGAAGAUUCAGAAGAUGACGAAGGAGCCGCAGCAAUUGCAGCGCCAACCAAUACAUCCAAUGCAACAAAUACUAAAUCGGACAGUCAGAAUUUAAAUCAAACAACAAGUAAAAUUAGUGCCAUAGGACGAGCAACCUUCAAUGUAUCUCUACGGACCGCAGGAAUCGUAAUAGCAUCUACGAUACUUCUAACUUGUUGUUGCACUUUAUUUGUAAGAAACAGGCUUGCGAAUUUAUGCAGUAAAAUAUUCCGAAGAAAAAAAAAGAAGAAAGGGAAAUUAAUAGCAAUUGAUACGGACGACGCAGCGGACGUAUCCAGAAGUUAUUAUAUGAGAAAACCUCGAGCAAAGAGGAAGAGAGCGCCAUCCUACGAAUUAAUUAACACGGGUACACAGAACACCAUGCUCGUUGCACCCGCAGAACCAGAAGAACCACCACCAACAGGGUGUUACAAAUGUUACAAGAAGAAAAGAAAGAAAAGUACGAGAAGGCCUCACAGAUGAGGCGUGUAAAUUAUUAAACGAUUGCGUAAAACUUUUAUUAGUUAUUCUAUGAUUUUUACGUGUGUUUAUUAUAAUAGCUGUUCAGAACGAUUAACAAACAGCCGUAAGUCUUUUACUCGUAAUUUGCGACCAUUUUGAAUAAAAAAUUUUAUCACAAUAGUGUAUUAAUUGAGAAAUUAGUUAAGCGUAAUUUUUAAGUGAUAUGUUCAGGAAAAUUCGGAAGAUUCUGUUCUAUUACCUAUUAAAUUGUAAUACGAAAUUUGUAGAAAAUAAUUGCAGAAAUUUACAAAUGUAGAAAUGCACACUUUAAACAACUUUUUCCUGUAACAGAUGUUUUGCGACCUUAUAGUUUACGAGAUAAUCGCGAAAAACUUGCUAUUACUUCAUUGAAUUCUAUACACAGUAAGUAACAAAACUGAUUCAAUGAUUAAAGUAUAAUUAUUAAAUUAUGAACAGUAAGGUAUACAUCAAAUAUCCAUACCAGUAACAUUCUGCAUUGUUUAAGCUAACAUAAACAGUUUUGAAACAUUUUGUUCUCCCAUCUCAUCUUUUGUGUCUCUUUUCGUUUGUUAUUACGAAUAAAUAUUCAUUGAAUCAAUUUUCCACCAUCUUUUCUAUAAUAUAGUUUCCUUAACUUUAAAAAAUGUCUAAUACUUUGUUGAACGUUCUUUUACUUUGCAAACUACAUUAAGUUACUUCAGCAUUGAUUCUAUUAGUUAUUAUUCUUUUACUACAAUAACAAUUAAGAACAUAUUAAUACUGACAAUUACUUAUUAUCUUAUAAAUAAUUGUUAUUAUUUCUAUAGAAGUUACUAUCCUACUGAAUAGCUAUACAAAUGUCAGUUGUUUUUUCAAAGACGUGAAGUGGUAUCAUUUUAUUAACCUUCGAUAACGGAAAUGUUUUUAAUAACGUGUUGUCUAUGCUUUAUUGUAAUUCUAUCACAGCACAAAGUUCUCAGUACAAUCGAUGUUAACAUCAAUGAAUUGGAGUACUUGGCUUCACGUCUCAACCCUUUCGAGUGUCGACGAUUAAUUGCUGCUCUCCAUUAUACUGCCUAUGAAUUACCAAAUAAUCUAGCAGAAGCUGAACGUGAUAGUAGUUUUAAAAUAUAAAAAGUAUUCGUAAUUUUAUAAGAGCGCAAUGUAGACGACGACAUACCUUGUAUUCGACACCUGAUCCAUUGGAACAGCUCUCCUGCUGAAGGCAAGGGGAAAACGCACGAAUCUUUAGCACACAGGUUGCGUCAAAUAAAUCGUAAUGAGUUAGCUGAUUGGUUGGGUAAAUCUGCAUUCACACAAUUAGGGAAAGAUCUCAGUAGAGCUGUUGAGAAUUCGUUCACUGAACUCGCUAAAGAGGAAAGAGAAUUUGCUGUUCCAGUAACUCUUGUACCCAAACCGUAUGAUGAAAGUGAUCCAUGGAUACAAAUUGACAUCAUUCUCCUGGCAGUUUUACUUGGAUUAUUAGGAACUUUACUAACACUGAUAUGUGCCACAAUAUUUCAUAAAAUACGGGAUUAUUUUCAUAAUAGAUACAAGAAAUUAAACGAGAAAGACACAGAUAGCGAAAACGAGAAUACUUCGGAAAAGGAAAAGAAGAUAAUAUACAGUACUGAAAGUAGCGAUGAAAAUACCGAAUAUGCCUAUAUCGACAGUGAAACAGAGAUGGAUUUCCGUUGAAAAUGUCUUUAAUUAUUCAAAUUUACAGUUUUAAAAAUUAAAAAAUUUAAUUAAAAGGGGGGGUGCAGUCAUGAACUUAUAAUAGCUAGAGAUUUUUCCCUGUAUUUUAAAGUUGAAAUUGAUUUAGCUGUAUUCUUGCAAUAUUACUAAAAUAUACAUAUUUAUAGUUCUAACCAUCAUUUAUUAAUAUAAUUUUUGUUAUUCUGAUUUUUGUUUGAAUAUGUACAGUAGCUCACGAAAGUAUUUUAACACUUACUAUGAAAUACUUUAUUAAUUAUAAUAAAUAUAUUAUACAAGUCUUAUACCUAAAUAUUAUAAACAUUGUAAGGUUUUAUGACUCUUUACAUGAUAUAAGUAAAGUUCCAAGAAAAUCGGAACAUAUAUAUAAUAGUUACGAAUUAUUUCUUAUAAAUAUAACGAUUGCUGAAGCCACAAAAGUAUUUGAACACACAGAAAUGAGUGCCAAGAAUCAAUGAAAACACAGUUUUCCGAGCACUGAAUGUAAACAUUGAAACAUUAGUCGUCAUCGUAUAUACAUUUGUCAGUCAGUCUAGCAUUUAUGGUGAAAUAUUGCGAUAUUACUCAUGUGUCUUAAAACAUCUAAAACUCCAGAGAAUCAGAGAAAAUUAAUUGUCAAGUGGCGUAAAGAAGAAAAGACGUAUGGUGAAAUAAGUAAAUUAUUAAAUAUAAAUAGAUCUACAUUAUAUUAUAAAAAAUACAUGGUAUUAUAAAAAAAAUGGAAAUCUGAAGGAACUGUAAAAAAUAAAUACCGUUCAGGCCGACCAAA